CUGUCUGGUGACGCUCUUCCUUCCUUUCCCACACGGAGGACGCGGAGUUUUACCUCAAGUCCGACUCUGUGCCGAGUGUGUGACGGGACCUUCUCUUAAAGCUACACGGGAGUCUGCGGUCGUCGUUAUACCUGAGACCCCGCCUGAACUGGAAGCUUUGGAUUGAAGUUAUGCGUAAAAAGGCGCACCGCUCGUCGUGACGCAGCGUCACCGUCUUUGGAUGUGGAAGAAGGAAAAGAGGAAGACACAUCUGACUUGGCAGCCUGAUUCAGUGAACAAGCCCUUUUCCCGGGUGAAGAUUGUGGAUAUCAUGAGGAUUUUGUGCGUGUUUGUAUUGUGCUUCAUCGAUUUCUCAGAUGCUGUGAUCGACCUGACCAUGAUCUCCACAGCGGAGGUCACCGACGUCAAUCACUUCACCAUCUCAUGUAUCAAUGGGGAGAACGGCGCCGCGCAGGUCGAGCUGGAUAUCAAGAGGGACAACAAAAUCCUCAUCUUCCCCAAGAAGCCCAAUUUUAAAGUGCACAAGCCCCGGAUCAAGGAGGCAAUGGCGAGGGAGUUCCGCGAACUGGAUAAUAUCGGCAUCUUCUACUGUGAAUCCACUCAGGAGGCGCCCCCGCUGGAGACGGUCACGAUGAUCAACAACUUUGCCAGAGCCAAUUUCAUUCCGACCCACCUCACUCUGACUGCUAACAAGGGAGAAGCAGUCAACCUCAGCAUGGAGCUACUCAGCUCCCAAAAGAGAGAUGUGACCUGGAAGUUCAACGGAAACUACUAUUAUAUGACUCAUUGGAACGACAUGAUCAAUCGCACUGCUGUACUGUCCGUGGAGAACGCAGCCUUUGCCAAUCAAGGCAUCUACAGUGCCAGCUACGUGGGGGACAGUCCGCUCCAUGGAGCCUGGAUGAGGCUCAUUGUCAGAGACUGCCCGAGUAAUAAGUGGGGUCCCUACUGUGACAAGGCCUGUCCGGAGUGUAUCAACGGCGGAGUGUGUCACGAUGUGGACGGAGACUGUAUCUGCCCCCCGGGAUACAUGGGAACACGUUGCGAGACAGCCUGCAGAGAAGGAAUGUUCGGUCGAAACUGCCAGGAGUCAUGCGGCUCCAGGCUGAACUGCAAGGGGCUUCGUUUCUGCCUACCAGACCCGUACGGCUGUUCCUGUGCCAGCGGCUGGUUUGGCAGCCGCUGUGAGAAGCCCUGUCAAGAUGACACGUAUGGACCCGACUGCAGGCUCAGCUGCAAAUGCCAGAAUGGCGGAGUUUGCAACCACUUCAGUGGAUGUCAGUGUCCCAGAGGGUGGAGGGGGCAGGACUGUGACAGGUCCGACCGGGCUCCCCAGAUCUUGGCCCUGGACGCUAACUUGGAGUGGAAUCUCAACUCCAGCCCCAAGAUCCUUUGUUCGGCCACAGGAAACCCCCUGCCCAGCCACAACGGCAUUGAGCUGAGAAAGUUGGACAGCUCUGUGCUCCAGGCUUCUCGCACCACCAUGGACUCGAACAAAAGCACCGCCCUGUUUGAGAUCCCUCGCCUGAGUGCUCAGCAGGGAGGAAUGUGGGAGUGCCGGGUUUCCACCAACGGCGGCCAGGACUCCCACAAGUUCAGCGUCACCAUUAAAGAGCCCCCUGUGCCCACCACCGCCCCCAAACUGCUGGAGAAGAGGAGUAAGCAGCUGCUGGUGCUGCCAGUGGACUCCCACAGGGGAGACGGCCCCAUCAUCUCCACCAGGCUCCUUUACAAGCCCGUGGAGAACGGAGAUUCGUGGUCCUCCAUCAUAGUCUACAGCGACAACGAGCCGAUCACACUGAUGAACCUGGAGCCCUCGACGCGCUACCGCGUCUGCGUGCAGCUGAGUCGUCCCGGAGAGGGGGGAGAGGGGGAACCAGGGCCAGAGGCCGAAAUGGAGACGGAUUGUCCUGAGCCCGCAGUUCAGCCCGAGAUCGACGUCAGUUCGGUGGAAGGCCGCAAUGUCACUGUGCGCUGGCGCCUGCCCGGCAACGGCGGCAUCGCCGCCAGUGGCUUUUUAGUGCGGCUCUUCGGGCCGCCGCCCCGCAGUGAGAAGCUGCUGGAGGAGACCACGCUGCUCAAUGUGCUCUCCACCAAGUUCCACAACCUGGAGUACCAGCAAGACUACACCGUGGUGGUGCGCCUCAUCAACUGUGGCAGCCAGGGGCCGCCCUCCAAGCCCUACCACUUCCGCAUCAGCAGCCAGGGCCCGUCGUCGCCGCGCAACGUCCAGGCCCUGCCUCUGUCCGUGUCGGCCGUUCAGGUGAGGUGGCAGCCCCCCGAGGACCCCAACGGAGGCAUCAUCAAAUACAUCAUCGAGUACCAGCCAGUCGGCCAGGGGAGCCCGCACCCGUGGGUGGACACGGACGACGGCAACAAGACCGCCAAGGACGUGACGGCGCUGAACGGCAGCACGGUCUACCAGUUCAGAGUGAGGGCCUUCUCCAAAGUGCCGGGGGAGUGGAGCAAGUUUGUUCAGGCGACGACAAAGGGGGAUGGUCUGCAGAGUUUGACCCCGACCACCCAGGGAGUGGCUGGGAGGUCUGUCGGCGACAAUUACCAGCUGAUGGUGGCCGUGGUGGGCUCGGUGACCGUCACCUGUGUGACCAUCCUGUUGGCACUGCUGGCCCUCUUCUUCAUCCGCAAGACGCUGCUCAACCGUCGGCGCACAUUCACCUACCAGUCUGGAUCAGGUGAAGAGACUAUUCUGCAGUUCAACUCGGGGACUCUGACCCUGACGCGGAGGCCCAAGCCCACCCCUGAGCCCCUCACCUAUCCAAUCCUUGAGUGGGAGGACAUUAAGUUUGAGGACGUCAUCGGAGAGGGAAACUUCGGCCAGGUGAUCAAAGCCAUGAUCAAGAAGGAUGGCAACAAGAUGAGUGCCGCCAUCAAGAUGCUGAAAGAGUUCGCCUCGGAGAACGACCACCGAGACUUCGCAGGGGAGCUGGAGGUGCUGUGCAAACUCGGCCAGCAUCCCAACAUCAUCAACCUCAUCGGGGCCUGUGAGAACAGAGGCUACCUGUACAUAGCCAUCGAAUUCGCUCCCUAUGGUAACCUCCUGGACUUUCUGCGCAAGAGUCGAGUGCUGGAGACGGACCCGGCCUUCGCGAAAGAGCACGGCACUGCGUCCACGCUCACCUCGCAGCAGCUGCUGCAGUUCGCCGUGGACGUGGCCACGGGGAUGCACUACCUAAGUGACAAACAGUUCAUCCACAGGGACUUGGCAGCCAGGAACGUCCUGGUAGGGGACAACCUCGUGGCGAAGAUAGCCGACUUCGGCCUGUCCCGCGGGGAGGAGGUUUACGUUAAGAAGACGAUGUUGUUGGGCUUUCAGGGGAGGCUGCCGGUGCGCUGGAUGGCCAUCGAGUCCCUGAACUACAGCGUGUACACGACCAAGAGCGACGUGUGGUCUUUCGGUGUUCUCCUCUGGGAAAUUGUAAGCUUGGGUGGCACACCAUACUGUGGGAUGACAUGCGCUGAACUCUAUGAAAAACUGCCACAAGGAUACAGGAUGGAGAAACCCAAAAACUGUGACGAUGAGGUCUAUGAGCUGAUGAAGCAGUGCUGGAGGGACCGGCCUUACGAGAGACCCCCCUUCUCCCAAAUCUCCGUCCAGCUUAACAGGAUGCAGGAGGCCAGGAAGGCCUAUGUGAACAUGGCUCUCUUUGAGAACUUCACCUAUGCUGGGAUAGACGCCACAGCUGAGGAGGCCUGACCACCAGCCCCCCCAGGCCCUAGCACGCCACGUAGCCCCAAAAGGAAGUCCCGAGGAUGGUCGCCACGCUACUGCCACCUCCCCGGCGCCCCGCGUCGAGACAGGAGGAGCAGGCGCGCUACCAAAACCACCCAGCUAUAGAUGGAGGACUGUGAAAGGACACUGUACUGGUGUGGAAAUGUGGAGUAUCGCCGGGUCCUUGGAUGGAGACCUGCGAAACCUUUUGGGAAAUACUUGCCAUUACAAAGCGUUCUACGAAAAGAGACACAACAUUGUACAUCUUGCCGUAACAAAGGUGACAAUGCUGGACCCUUUUCUCUGAGCGUUGAGGAGAAGUGGCAAACAAGGAGCUACGUGACUUGCUGAAAACACCACAGGGUCUGUGGGGUGUCGACGCUGGGUUUUUACUUUCUCUCCAUUGCUCUAAAUCGGGGGUGGGGGAACCUUUUCCCUGUCAAUGGCCAUUACAUUUUUUAGUAACAUCCUUCGAGGGCUGACCUAGAUUUUUGUGAACACAUAUAUCACCCUAUUACGAUGGCUGGAACGGCUUGAGGCAUCUGACGUCAGAUGGUAGUGAUGAUGAUGCUACCUGCAGCCAGUUUAAGCCAUAACCAGUGUCUUUUUGUUACGUCUAUUGUUUCAUCGCGGGCCACAGAGGAAAAACUGUAAAGAUUUUUGAGAUAUGUUGACCAUUUGAAGCCAUUUUUACUUCAUGUGGACAUUCCCCACCCCUGCGCCCAUAAAUGGAGAAGGCUCUCUUUUCGUGAAGAUGAAAUUAAAAGGCGCAGUGUGGAUCAUGAAACACUCGAGUUCUCAGACGAAGAGAUUUAAUGUAGCACUUAGAACCUGCCUCAUUCAUGCCAUCUGUGUCGUUUGGUAUUUGCCUAUCACUGCCAAGUGAAUUUUACUACUACUGUUUGUAUUUUGUCGCUUUUUUUUUUAAAGAACGCAGGUGAAUCAAAGCCUCCUAUUAGACUGUAGCCUGGUUUACAGACUGACAUAAUGAUACCAGUGUAGAUGUUUGUUGCAAAGUGCCACCAAAAAAGUAGUUGUUUGGAACUGGGAUGGCUAAAGAAAGUGCAAAAGAAAAUCCUGGAACUGUCCGUUUAUCCGGAUCUGCUCCAAAAUUGAAUGGGUUCUUCCUUGGGUCAUUGCUCAACCCUCCUCGCAAUUUCAUGGAAAAAUCUGUGUAGUAACUUUUGCGUAAUCCUGCUGACAAACGAGCAGACGAACAAUGAAAACAACCUCCUCGGCCGAGUUAAUGAAGGGCCGACUCGACCAGCUGUACCACCAUUAUAGUUUACCUUUAACACUAUGCAAAGUAUGGUUAUGUAUCCAGCACAUAUGAAUGUACAGUAUGAUUUUAUUAAAUGGUUUCUUGAAUAAAGCUCUUGUGUGGUGACUGGACUCAUCACCACAAGUAGUUUGGUUUGAUUAACUACACAAAGUGCA